AUGGCGGCACAGUUCCUCAGCCAGCUGCAAACUGUCAGCAGUGGAAAUCUACCCAACGGCGCAGAAUGCAUGAUCUGCUGGGAAGAGUACGGUACUGUUUCUUCAGAUAGCGGCGUUAUCGAGCAUGCAGUUUUCCUACCAUGUCUUCAUCACGUUGGUUCCGAAUGCAUCGCUGUGUGGCUUUCGCCUGAUGGUGGGCAGGGGAACUCUUGUCCCAUGUGCAGGACUGUCUUCUUCCCUGCACAAACCAGGUAUGACGAUGGCGAUGACGAGAAUGAUGAUGAAGAGGACGAGGACGACCACGUCGAUGGAUACAGUGACUCUGAUGAAGACGGGAGUGAAGAUGAGGAUGAGGAUGAGGACGGGGAUGGGCCUGAUGAGGCUGAUGAGGCAGACCUACGGGAACAAUAG